AUGUAUACUCGACUCGAGAAUCCACAAAGAAGAUCAAGGUUUGUGCAAAAUAAAAAAAAAUAAAUGGAAAACAAGACUAUCAAGUAUAUAUACUUGAAAAUCCAAUUUCACACAGCAAUGAUUCUUUUAUUUUUUCUUCUUGUUUUUUUCUACAAAUCUGAAAAAAAAACUGAAAAUAAAAAAAAGUUUUUUUUGCAGAAUGCGAAGAAUUAUAUUGUUAUUUUCAAUGCCUUGCUGUUUCAUUAUUCCUAUUUUAUUCUAUCAGACUUCAAUUUUAAAAACAACUUUUUCAACAUCGACUUUGAAUGUGAGCUGAAACAUUUUAACAUUUCAAGAUUUUUCCAAAAUUCGGGUUUUUAGGAAUCUGAAAAAUGCGUGACAAUUGAAAGUCUACAGACGAAAGAUGUUCGAAUUCUUAUUCUUGAUGAAGAUUUUUUGAGAAGUAUUCAAAAUGGAACUUGUGAGAAGUUUCGAAAAAUUGAGGUGAGCUUAGAGAGUUGUUAUGACGUGGCAAAAAAGUUAGACACGUGGCAUUCUGAUUCCAAUAAUCCACGUGGAAACUCUCAAGUUUUUUAUUCCAAAAAAUGUAUAUUCUCUAAGUUUUCAAAAAUUUGUCAAAAAAAAUUCAAAAGCCACGUGAUAUUUUUCAUUUUUCCUGCAAAAAUCCAAAUUUUACAUGGUUUUGUCACUCCAAAUUUCAUUUCAAUUCAAUUUUCAGAUCGGAAUCGAUUUGAAAUAUCUGAAAAAUCGCGAAAUUUUGAAAGAUCCAAGAUUCGAAGUAAUUUUCUUUGCCAACGAAACGAAAAAGGAUUAUUUCGACUUGCGAACCGAACCCAGAAGAAUUAUUCCAAAGUAUGUUGUUUUCUACCUAAAAUCUUUUUUUUAACAAAAAAAUUUCAGACGCUUCGAAUCUCAUCAAAUCGGCAAUAUUUAUUAUCCAAAAAAUAUCCCACAAUUUUUGGGAUUUCUGAAAAGAUCGAAAUAUAUCGAUUGUCUGAAUUUAUAUAUUCCUCGAAAAGGUCAAAAAGUUUUUCUAAAUGCUGCAAGAUCGGCUCAAUCAUUGGCUCAACUUCGAGAUAAAUUAUUGGAUUUUGACAUGUUUUCAUUUCUGAAUGGUGGAACUUUAUUAGGUAAGCAUCCCAUGACUAAUUGAUUGAUAAAAUUAAUUAUCUAAUUAACUGAUUAAUUAUUUAAUUAAUUCAGGUUGGUAUCGUGAAUGUAGUAUUAUUCCUCACACUUAUGAUAUGGAUGUAUCUGUAUUUAUCGAGGAUAUAAAUCCGAAAAUAUUGGAUUAUUUUCAGUCGGCUGAAUCGGAAUUCACUUUGGCAAGAAAAUUUGGACGGGUUGGUUUUUUUGUUCUUUGAACUAGAUUAAACAAAAAUAAAUUAUCGCUAUCGCUGUUUUUUUUCGUCAGAAAAUUUUUAGAUAACAAUUUUGUUAUCUUGUAGGUUUUUUUUUGAUUUCUGAAAUUUCUAAGUAAUUCAAAAAAGGUUCAACCUGGACUUGAUUUGCACAAAAAUAACUUAUUUCUUUCAGAUCAAUGAUUCUUUGGAAUUGACAGUUUACUCAAACACGGGAUAUGCUGUAAAUACCGAUGUAUUUUUCAUGUACACAGAUGAUUAUAAAAAUGGAACUAUAAUAAAUUGGGUUGGUGGGAUGAAUGGAAAUGGCGGAAAAUACAAAUUCACAUAUCCCAAAUAUGAUCCUUGGUGUGCUGGCGAUCUUUUGGGACAUAUUUUUUGGGUCACUUGCUCGCCAAAUCAACAAAUCACUUUGGAAUAUGGAAAAUUAUGGUAUAAAGAUCAUCCGACUACAAAAUAUCAAUGGAAUGAGUCGGGAAAAAAUGUGAAACCUAAUGGAAAUUGGACGAAAGAAGAUAUGAAAUCGGUGUUUUUUUGGAAACAUUGA